AUGUCUCCUAGUAAACUAAUUUUAGUCUUCUUCACUUAUUUAUUUUGUAUUUGUCCUUCUUUAUCAUACGAAACAAUCCCUCAUCGUUUCAAAUCUUUACCAUCGUUUUUAUCAUCUUCAUCACUGUCAUCGUCAAUUCAAAACUUUAACGUACGAUAUUUUGGUGCAAGAAAUGAUGGUAAGACGGACGCUACGAAAGCGUUCCUCAAUGCAUGGGAUUCAGCAUGUAAUUCAAGGGUUCCAUCUAUAAUUUACGUACCCAAAGGAAAUUAUUUGUUAGGACCAUUAAAAUUUGAAGGAAUAAGUUGUAGGAGCCCAAUUAUGUUUCAAAUCGAUGGAACCCUAAUUGCUGAUCUAAAUAUUGUCUCUAGAUAUCAGACGUGGAUUAUCUUUCAUGAGGUUCAUGGUCUUACUAUUAAGGGUGGUGUCCUUAAUGCUAAGGGGAUAGACUUGUGGAAUUGCAAGGCAGCUCAUCAAAACUGUCCCAAAGGAGCUACGUCAUUGAGUUUUGAUAAUUCACAAAACAUAAUAGUUGAUGGAUUGACAUCAGUGGACAGCCAAAUGUACCAUAUAACCUUGAAUGCAUGCCAAAGAACAACAAUACAAAGGAUAACAAUUUUAGCAGAUGGUAAUAGCCCUAAUACUGAUGGUAUCCACAUUGAGAGAUCUACUGGAAUUCAAAUCUUGAAUUCUUCUAUUAAAACUGGUGAUGAUUGCAUCUCUAUUGGUCUUAAUAAUCAACAUAUUUGGAUUGAAGGAGUAUCUUGUGGACCCGGUCAUGGUAUUAGCAUUGGGAGCCUUGGGCGUGAAUCAGAUGAAGGUGUAGUAGUUGAAGACGUAACAGUAAAAUCAGUGACAUUCAAAGGGACAGAAAAUGGGUUUAGGAUUAAAACAUUUUCAACUCCAAUUAGAGGAAAAGUGAAAAAUAUAAAUUUUAUUGGAGCAUACAUGGAUAAUGUACUAAUUCCAAUUAUUAUUGAUCAAAAUUACUGCCCACAUAAUACUUGUCCUUCUGGUCAGGGAUCAGGCAUACAAAUCUCUAACGUUGUAUUCAGCAGCAUUCAUGGUACAUCAGCUUCAGAUAAGGCUUUGACCUUAGAUUGCAGCAGCAGAUUUCCCUGUGUAGGGUUGACUUUGCACAACAUUAACCUUAAUUAUCAAUCCAACAUUCCAAAAUGUCAACAUCAAAAUGCCUUUGGCAAAAUCUUAGGUUAUAUGCAACCUCCUCAUUGCCUCAUACAAUAA